GGAUAAGCCUAACCGUGACCCCAACGAACACCCGUCCCGUCACUCUUAUAUUUGAAUUCCGGGCCAGGAAAGACCACAGUGCAAAAUGGCAAAAUACAGAUUAACAAUUCGCUACGCCCCUGGAGCCGAUUGUAAACAUGCUGCAGGCAUUGAGAACAUAGCGAGAAGCAACUUCGGUGCAAAGGGUGUGUUGAGCUUUCAACGAUUCGCUUUUAAUUCAGGGUACCCUCCUUUUCAUAUUACACUGUUUGAGGCACCCGAUAGUAUCUCAUUGGAGGAGCUGCAGAAUGUGCAAUUGGCAGAGGGUGUUAUGACCCAGGUACAGCGAGUCGAGCGUCCUGCAGAGAGAUAGGUAUAGCUGUUGCUUCGAUACCAUCAAUUUUUACUAAUGUACUCCGAUAAUUUUCAUAUCCGAACGUGAGCAUUUACACACUUUAGAUCCUGCAUUGCAGGUCCGUCAGACUUCAAUACUUGAAUAGAUAUUGUUUAUAAUACG